AAUGACUCUAUUGAAGUGUCACUAGAAAUGCGUGAAAUACCAAUAGAACCAUUUGACCUUGAGAGUAUUCAUCUAACUGAAAAUAUAGAAGACAGUGAGCUUUUUGACAAUGGGAAUGGUUCACUUUACCUAGUGAUACCAGAGAUGUCUUUCGAUAAUUGA